UGUAAUGUCAGUGAGUCUCACGAAACGAAGACAGCAAUUUAGAAAUGAUCCAAUUGUGUAGCUAACGAGAUAUAUAUAUAUAAAUUCGGUGGGGAAAUGUAUUUACUCAAGCAAAUAGCUAUUGUAGCAAUAUAGCUACUUAUUUAGACAAUAAGUUCACAUUUCUGGAAUAUCUCCAAAGAUCUUUGUUUUGAAAAAACGAUUAGCUUGCUGGCUAGCGAAGUUGCCAGUGAAAACAACUGUUAUAAGGCUGUAUUCGGGACGUCUGAGAGAAACAAACUGUCAGCUACAGCAAGGUUAUCAGUUGUUUCCUAGGCGAGGACAAGACAAGUGCUACAACUUUCUGCAUCAGCUCUUCGAGCUGAGACAGGCCUCAACCAUGGCAGGUGAUCUGCGUGGUGUAGCAGAGCAGGCCAAGACCCUGAAGCCUCAGCGCUCCCUCCCUGGGACGCCCGUCACUAACACACUCAAACACUUCCCCAUCGACCUGCGUACAUCCAUGGACGGAAAGUACAAGGAGAUUGCAGAGGAGCUGUUCACUCGCAGCCUGACGGAGAGUGAGAUGCGCACCGCUCCUUAUGAGUUCCCUGAGGACAGCCCCAUCGAGCAGCUGGAGGAGCGACGCCAACGCCUGGAGAGGCAGAUCAGCCAGGACAUCAAGCUUGAGCCAGAGAUCCUGCUCCGCGCCAAGCAGGAGUUCAUGAAAAUCGACAGCGAUGCCGACCUGGAGUUGAUGAAUCAGGAGGAUGGUGUGGACAGGACGAAUGAUGGCUGGAUGAAGGAGAGAGUAUUACCGAUGGAGCGAGAGUACCAGCGUGUGUCAAUAUCAGGGGAGGAGAAGUGUGGGGUGCCCUUCACAGACCUGGUGGAUGCAGCUAAGUGUGUGGUGAAGGCCCUGUUCAUCAGGGAGAAGUACAUCGCUCUGUCCAUGCAGAACUUCUGUAAGACCACUGCCCGUGAGCUGGGAGAGCUGGGAGAGAAACCCCUGGACCUACGUGUCUAUGAGGAGAUCCCUGAGACCCCCGUUGAUGCAGAUGCUCCAGUCCACCCCCCUGUCUCAGAGACUCACCCCUAUGAAAACCAGGUCACCAAGAACAUGCCUGCAGACACAGAGUACAGGUGUAAGAUGGUGGAUGGGGUCAUGCAUGUCUACACCAAGAAGAGCCCCAUGGAGAAGAGUACAGAGUUGGACCUGCCCUACCCAGACCUGAAGGAGUACAUCGCUGACAUGAACGUCAUGAUGGCUCUCAUCAUCAACGGACCAGUAAAGUCGUUCUGCUACCGCCGGCUGCAGUACCUGAGCUCUAAGUUCCAGAUGCACAUUCUGCUGAACGAGAUGAAGGAGCUGGCAGCCCAGAAGCAGGUUCCUCACCGCGACUUUUACAACAUUCGCAAGGUGGACACCCACAUCCACGCUUCGUCCUGUAUGAACCAGAAGCACCUUUUGCGCUUUAUCAAGCGGGCCAUGAAGAAGUACCCUGGGGAGAUAGUCCACAUGGAGCACGGGCGGGGACAGACCCUCAUGGAGGUGUUUGAGAACAUGAACCUGACCGCCUUCGACCUGAGUGUGGACACACUGGACAUGCACGCGGACCGCAACACGUUCCAUCGCUUCGACAAGUUCAAUGCCAAAUACAACCCCAUCGGGGAAUCCAUCCUGAGAGAGAUCUUCAUCAAGACAGACAACCACAUCGAGGGCAAAUACUUUGGCCACAUGAUCAAGGAGGUGAUGGCUGACCUAGAGGAGAGUAAGUACCAGAAUGUGGAGCUGCGUCUGUCCAUCUACGGCCGCUCCCGGGACGAGUGGGACAAGCUGGCCCAGUGGGCCGUCAAACACCAAGUCUACUCUGACAACGUGCGCUGGCUCAUCCAAGUGCCCCGCCUCUUUGAUGUGUACCGAACCAAGAAGCAGCUGGCUAACUUCCAGGAGAUGAUGGAGAACAUCUUCAUGCCUCUGUUUGAGGUCACCAUCAACCCCCGCAACCACCCUGAGCUGCACCUCUUCCUGCAGCACGUGGUGGGCUUUGACAGCGUGGAUGACGAGUCCAAGCCGGAGCACCACAUCUUCAACAUGGACAGCCCCGUGCCAGCCGACUGGACAGAGGAGGACAACCCUCCCUACUCCUACUACCUCUACUACACCUACGCCAACAUGACCGUGCUCAACCACCUGCGCAGGAGGCGUGGUUUCCACACGUUUGUGCUGCGCCCUCACUGCGGGGAGGCGGGGCCUGUCCACCACCUGGUGUCGGGUUUCAUUCUGUCAGAGAACAUCUCCCAUGGGCUGCUGCUCAGGAAGGCCCCAGUGCUGCAGUACCUCUACUACCUGGCUCAAAUUGGCAUCGCCAUGUCCCCCCUGAGCAACAACAGCCUGUUCCUCAGCUACCACCGCAACCCCCUGCCUGAGUAUCUGGCCAGAGGCCUCAUGGUCUCUCUGUCCACUGAUGACCCCCUACAGUUCCACUUUACCAAGGAGCCCCUGAUGGAGGAGUACAGCAUCGCCACACAGGUGUGGAAGCUGAGCUCCUGUGACAUGUGUGAGCUGGCCAGGAACAGCGUCCUCAUGAGCGGCUUCUCCCACAAGGCAAAGAGCUACUGGCUGGGGCCCAAAUACAGCAAGGAGGGCCCUGAGAGCAAUGACAUCCGUCGCACCAACGUCCCGGACAUCCGCGUAGCAUACCGCAGUGAGACCCUGCUGGAGGAGCUCAACCUCAUCACCCACGCUGUGCGCACCAAGGAGCUGGACAACAUCGACGAGGAGGACACCCUCUCCAUGGCCCCCGUCGGGGCAGAAGGACACUAAAUCAACAACCCCACCCCGACUUCUAACCCCCCCCUCGGCCCCUCCCUGCAUGACACUGAGGGGGUGCAGUAUGAGUGGACUCCAGCUUGUUGUUUAACCUCUACCUCUUACCCCCUUAUCCCCCUCCCACUAAGGAAUUGGACUGUGCACUCGUCUCUCAGCUCUCUUGUACUAAAGCCAAGGAUACAAUGCUCCCUGAGUGUCCCCAUCUCUCUGUCGGUGAUGGGGGUGGUCAGUAUGGACUCAGUCAUGUUCCAGUCCCCCCUUCUCCCUCAACCAAGGUUCCCUCUUCAACCCCUCUCCUGCCCCUAUUUUUCCUCUCUACUUCUUGACUCCUCCCUAUCUCUCUAAUGCUCACUGUGAGAUUUCAAUCAGCAUGGCCAAGGUUGGCAGGGGGAACAUCCAGUGCUUGGAUUAUUUUCUAAUACACAUAUGGGAGGAGAGAGACUAGCCUGAAGUCUUUUUUUUCACCUCAUCUGUUCUUCGAUCAGUUCCUGGAUCACUUUCUCUGUCACUUUGAUCUCCUGACCCUUCAAACCAAAACUUCUGCCCUUUUGCUUUGUCAUGUGACCCUGCAUGGGAAAAAGGGUCCCACAGUUCAGCCUGUGAUUUGUUGGCAUGUUUGUACCCAUCACCUAUAUUACACACACUGCGCAGUUUAGCCGUCCUGAAAGCUGCUUAUCUUCCAUCACACAGUCAUUCUGCCUGAAGCUCAUCUACUUUAAUAUCUUCACAAUGAAGUACGGAAGCAGAUACAACUUAACAGAAAUGUUAUGAGGGCAUUGUCCAUGGGUCGCCUAACCUACACAACAUGGACACACCUAAACAAUGCAUAGGUGAAUGUUCCACACUACAUUGUUCCAACACCCGUUGCACACUGAUAGGAACAGUCACUUGUAACUUAGAGUUUCAUGGAAACCGCGGUAACAAACUUCUAAUGUAUGGACGUACUGAGUUAAGAAAAAUGGAGAAAGGACCAAAUCUGUGUGGCUUAGAAGCAGAAGUCGUACACAAUUCCAGUCUGUCUGCUGCUGGGUAUCUGAUGUCUUUCAUCCGUCUCUGUGCUUCUGGCAGGUUGUAGUGAUUUAUUGGCUAAAUGAGUUCUCUCGGCCGGUCUCCUGAUCUGAGUCAGCUCUGAAUGAAAUAGGACAUUCAGCAGCCAUCAGGGCAUGGAGCUGUGUACCUGACUGGUCUAGUGCAAACAUUCCAUUAAAUUAACAUUAAGAUCAAUGUUAUUUUUAUUUAACAAAUCACGUUAGUUAUAGAAUAUGCAGACAAAAAGAGUAGAUUUAUGCUAUUCCAUGAUGUGUACAAUAUACUAAAUAUCUAAAAAGGAUAUAGAUACAUGUGUGUAUAUCUAAAGAAGAGGUACAUGUGUGUGUAUAUCUAAAGAAAAGAUAUCAGUCUAUGGUAGAGUGGACGCUUAGAGGUGUGUAUGAUAAGAGAUGUUAAACCACGGCGUGUUUUCCAAGCACAAGUCAAGAAGAAUGUCAGGGAGCCUCCCCUGUCCCCCUACAAUUACCUCAACACUCACUGUGUGUGUGUGUGUCGCUCCCACACACCCCUUGGUCUUCUAAAGAGACCAGGACAGACCCCGGGGACUGACCUCUGGGCCCACUAUGUUGGUUAUUAGUUAUUGCAUGUAGUACCCUGUAUGCACCAAACCAGACUUACCAGGUGAAGAUCUUACCACUGCUAGCCUGUCACUUUCAUGCCCUGCUGCAACGCCUCACUCCUCAUCAACAACAACCACAACACCUGUCCUCUUCAAGCUUAAGCAUUUUUGCUGUCCUAACAUCAAGGAACGAUACCAGGCUGCGUGCUGUAUGUUAAAGUACUUUAUCCUUUAUCUACCCAGGCCUUCCAGUGAAGUGGAAGAAGCGUUUUUAGCAAUGCUCUGCUUUGACUGCAUUUCCACCGUGCAUCUUAUGUUGUGCAUGCCUGCAUGGACCACUGUGUGGCCACGGGAGUGUCUGGGAAGCUGUUUAAAGUGGUCUGUAAUGUGAAAAAGCAACAUAUGACAAUCCAAGGAAGCUGAACAACUGUCAUGUAUGAAGUAUGUGUGCAGUCAAUGAUUGUUGUUAGUUUGAGUUCUGCAAAACAAACUCAAAUCCAGCUCAUCACUAUGGCAACGCUCAAACCAUGCAGAGACAUAGUUGCUUGGUUGUUAUCAGCAUCAAAUGAACUCACCCCCAUCACAGUCAUGGUUUUCCUGGUCACCAAUACAGAUGUGAUCUGUACCAUAGAGAUCAUAUUCUAUGUUCUGUAAAUUCAUCCCCAUCUCACCCAAUGAGCCUUCUCCUCAUCGGACCUCUUCUGUGAUUCAAACUGUGGGAGUUCUAUUUGUACAGUCCUAUUAUUUGCCAAGACUGUUCCAGCGGAAUUACUGGGCCCUAGUUGUAAAUGUUCACCAUGCAUUGCAUACCAUUACCUACCAGCCCAUUUUAAAAACCUAAGUGUGACAAAAGCCCGAUAUAUACGAGUAAAUGUUUGAGAAAGCAGAUAAUUUAGGACAAGCUGAACAUGGGGAUGGAUUUAAUAUAUAAAGUGUAUUUUUUUAAAGGCUAUGGAAAUAAAAGGUUUAUAUAAACAGUAUAUCAAUAUCUAGAUCACAAACGUGAAGUUUCGUUGCUGUAGAUCAUUUUAAACUGCCCUUGUUUAAGCAGAAAGAUGUAUUUUGUCAUAUUAUUAUUGGCCUUGUCUUUCACUAGAUUUACAAUUGGACUCAAUAUUUCCAUGUAUAUUCUUUUAUUAUUUAGUAUUUUAAUAGUUUUUCUGGUGUUCUUGUUGAUUGUGUUAGGGCUGUUGAAGUCUGUUAAGUAUUCCAUGUAGCUCUCUCUCAGUAGAGUAUUGAGUGAGGUUGAUCAAGUUAACUAGGGUAAUUUGGAGGGGCCUUCAGCAAUGGUAGGACCCAGAGCCAUAAUGGGUAUCCUCUCUGACAUUUAACUCAGCCAGAGCUGCCAAUGUAAUCUGGCUGUACAUUCACACCUAAACAUCCACUCAAACACUGUAAUCCUUCCCACAGACAUACAGCCAUAGACUGGAACACUGUUAAAAAACAAGCAACCGUUUAGUACAACUUUUGAUUUGAUUCUUUGAAAUCGUAUUUUGCAGGGAAUUAGAGGAUGCAUGUAUGAUUUGAAGGGUUUGUGUCUCAUGUGGAGUAGGAUGUGUGUAGUUACUUGAUAAAGGAUCAGACAUCCAUGUUUAGAUCCAGGUGUGGCUCACUGAGGGACCCAACAACUUCGUUGACCUUACCUUUUCAUGUCCAUCCAUUUCAGAUUGUCCAUCAGAGUUCACAGAUCUAUUCUUUCAGAACCUCACUAACUCCAGUUGUUGGUCUCCAUCUGUACAAUCAGUUUAGUUUCUUUGCUUGUUUAUAAACUACAAUGCUAGGGAACCUGUUGGUCCUACUGUAGGGUACCAUAGACCAUACUUUGUAUCAAACUUCACUAAGGACUGCCAUAUGUAUUUCUGUUCCAAUCGAAAGAGCACACAAACAAAGUUGGAAGACAUAAGUCAAAUGCUGUUUGUUUUCUUGCCUUGUGUUCAGUAGUGCAAAGAGUAUUGGGCAGUAGUGAUAUACAGUGUGUUGUCAUCACAGAACACAAACCAAUUAAUCAGUCAAUCAUCACACUGCGAGUUUUGUUUUUUGUUCAAUUGAUUCUCAUCGAAAAAUCGCCUAGUAUUCUUUUCACUUCAUUAUGUUUAAUACAAAGAGUUUGUUGACUUGUGAUUAUUUUGUGCCUCCAUUCAUUCAUUCUUUUAGACAUGUGGAUGUUUUUCCAUUAAAGGUUCUCUGCACAUGUGUUCUAUUAUUGACAUGGUUUUCAUUGUCUUUCAUUUUUUUUGUCUAUUGUAGUCACUAUCAUGACUUUAAAUGAAUGCCAAUGUUUUACAUUUACUCAAAUUCUUCUGAUAUGGUACAUGUGUAACGUCUGAAAUAAAAUAAAGCAUGUUUAAUAAUC